GCCCGACUCGGUCUUCUCUGCAAACCACCCGGGCGACCCGGGGGCGACACGGCUGCUCGGCCACAGUGGGGACCAGACGCCCAGGGCUGCAGGUGCAAAGGCGCCAGAGCCGGGGAGGCCAAACGCGCCGGCCUAGACCGCAAGGGUGUGAGCUGGGCGCCGGCUGCCGCAGCCCGGGGUGCGCAUCCCUCGCCGCCCGUGGUCGCCCAACCCGCGGAGACGCGUGUGCGCCAUCCGGCUCCCGGGGGAUUCCGCGGGUGCAGGGCCUCGCGGCCCGGGCAUCGGGAUUGGACCGCUGCUUCCCCCGGGAGCCGCUGAUGCAAAGGCAGGUUGGGGCGGCCGAGCCCGGCCAGCGCCCUCUAGGCAGCGGAAGUGGAGCUUGCUUUACAUCCGUCCUCCCCGCCUCGCAGAGUUGGGAGAAGGAAGGCUGGGGGGUGUGGAAAAAUAAAAGGAAAAGUCCUUGCACCAUGUAGACCCGCGCCCCCCUACCCUGGCACCCCGGCCGGCCGGGGACCUCCCAGUCUGCGGCCAUGAACGCGAGCAGCGAGGGCGAGAGCUUCCCGGGCUCGGUGCAAAGUGGCACAACAGUGCUGGUUGAGCUGACUCCCGACAUCCACAUCUGCGGCAUCUGCAAGCAGCAGUUUAACAACCUGGACGCCUUUGUAGCUCACAAGCAGAGUGGCUGCCAGCUGACCGGCACGUCUGGGGCGGCGCCCAGCACGGUACAGUUUGUAUCAGAGGAAACGGUGCCCGCCACCCAGACUCAGACCACCACACGAACCAUCACCUCUGAGACCCAGACGAUCACAGUUUCAGCUCCAGAAUUUGUUUUUGAACAUGGCUAUCAAACAUAUCUGCCCACAGAAAGCAAUGAAAACCAGACAGCCACUGUCAUCUCUCUCCCUGUCAAGUCACGAGCCAAAAAGCCCACGGCCCCAACUGCUCAGAAGAGGCUUAACUGUUGCUAUCCAGGUUGCCAGUUCAAGACUGCCUAUGGCAUGAAGGACAUGGAGCGUCAUUUAAAAAUCCACACGGGAGACAAACCCCACAAGUGUGAAGUCUGCAGCAAGUGCUUCAGCCGGAAGGAUAAGCUGAAGACCCACAUGCGGUGCCACACGGGCGUGAAGCCCUAUAAGUGCAAGACGUGUGACUACGCUGCUGCGGACAGCAGCAGCCUCAACAAGCACCUGCGGAUACAUUCCGACGAGCGGCCCUUCAAAUGCCAGAUCUGCCCCUACGCCAGCCGCAACUCCAGCCAGCUCACCGUACACCUCCGGUCCCACACAGGGGACGCCCCCUUCCAGUGCUGGCUCUGUAGCGCCAAGUUCAAAAUCAGCUCGGACUUGAAAAGGCACAUGCGCGUGCACUCGGGGGAGAAGCCUUUCAAGUGCGAGUUCUGCAAUGUCCGCUGCACCAUGAAGGGGAACCUCAAGUCGCACAUCCGCAUCAAGCACAGCGGGAACAACUUCAAGUGUCCGCAUUGCGACUUCCUGGGGGACAGCAAGGCCACGCUCCGCAAGCACAGCCGGGUGCACCAGUCCGAGCACCCCGAGAAAUGUUCCGAGUGCAGCUACUCCUGUUCCAGCAAGGCCGCCCUGCGCAUCCACGAGCGCAUCCACUGCACCGACCGCCCCUUCAAGUGCAACUACUGCAGCUUCGACACCAAGCAGCCCAGCAACCUGAGCAAGCACGUGAAGAAGUUCCACGGCGACGUGGUCAAGACCGAGGCCUCGGAGAGGAAAGACACGGGCCGGCAGAGCAGCCGCCAGGUGGCCAAGCUGGACGCCAAGAAGACUUUCCACUGUGAUCGGUGCGAUGCCUCCUUCAUGCGCGAGGACUCGCUCCGCAGCCACAAGCGGCAGCACAGUGAGUACAAUGAGAAUAAAAGCUCGGAUGUGACCGUCCUGCAGUUUCAGAUCGACCCCAGUAAGCAGCCCGCCGCGCCCCUCACUGUGGGGCACCUCCAGGUGCCCCUCCAGCCCAGCCAAGUGCCCCAGUUCAGCGAGGGCAGAGUCAAAAUCAUCGUUGGCCAUCAGGUGCCUCAGGCAAACACCAUCGUCCAGGCUGCGGCGGCCGCAGUGAACAUCGUACAGCCCGCCUUGGUGGCGCAGAACCCAGAGGAACUGCCCGGGAACAGCCGGCUGCAGAUCUUACGCCAGGUCAAUCUGAUCGCCCCUCCUCAUUCCUCGGGGUGUCCGAGCGAGGCGGCGGCGAUGCCCCAGCCGGCUGUCCUGCUGACCACUCACGACCAGACGGACGGAGGCACUUUGCACCAGACCCUCAUCCCCACGGCCCCGGGCGGCCCCCAGGAAGGCUCUGGCAACCAGACUUUCAUCACCAGCUCGGGCAUUACUUGCACUGACUUCGAAGGCCUGAACGCUCUGAUUCAGGAGGGGACCGCUGAAGUGACUGUGGUCAGCGACGGAGGCCAGAACAUCGCCGUGGCCACCACGGCUCCGCCCAUAUUCUCCACCACCUCUCAGCAGGAAUUACCCAAGCAGACUUACUCCAUCAUCCAAGGAGGCGCCCACCCAGCUUUGCUCUGUCCGGCGGAUUCCAUACCAGACUAGUGCUUAUAAAACAAAAGAAAGGGGGAAAAAGGAGUGACCAAAACAGAAGGCAGAAAUGGAAUUCUGUGAGAGGUCUGCCCUUAAUGCUUUUAAGGCCUGUUGUGAAAACACCCCGCCCGCAUAAUAAAUUGUCAUUUUAUACUGCUUACUGAAAUUUCUUUUAUGCUGCGGUAGUUGUGAGACCUCUGAAUCGCGGUGUUCUAAGUGCUGUAGAAUCUUAAAUACUACCAAGAUGAUCCCGAUUAGGGGUUGGAAUGAAAUGAAUUGAGUAGUGAACACGUUUGUUUGCUUCCAACUUGAUUUGCAAACUCUAAUAAAGGUUUUUGCCACCUCAUUAAAUUUGUGUAGUAGAUGGUGCUUCUAAGCCUCUCAAGUCCCCAUUCUGAAAUACCCCCGAUGUUUGGGGUAAUAGUGUGUUAAUACAUGGAUACAAAUCUAUCGGCAUGAAGGACCAUUUUCUACAUAAUGUUACAUGGACUUUUGAUCAAAAAAAAAAAAGUUUAGCGUAAAUGAGGGAAAAAAAGGAAUGGUUUCCUAAUAAACUGCUACAUCAUUAAAACAUAACAAAUGUUAGUGAUUCUCUAGAGUCACAGUAUGAUUUGGGUUAUUGGGGUUUGAAUUAUAUAAUUAAAGAGAACUUGAAGAAGCAAA